AUGGCAUUGAAGGAAGACCUGCUGGAGGGGAGGGCAAGUGGAUAUACUGCAGAUGUGGAUGGCCCUGUUGUUCUACCACAGCCCAGCAGAGCUCACGAGGUGGAUGGUGGGCAGCGGCUCCUGAACCUCGUGCCAGCACCCACUUGGGAGUGCGGCAGGAGAACGGCCCGCGUUUGGGAAGCAGGGUACGCCUUGUCCCCAGCAACGGAGAAUUGGGCGCGGCACGUGCGGGAGGCAGAUCGCGCACGGCCAGCUUUGGCCGUUGGUUUCGUUGGCGCCACAUCGGCGGGCAAGAGUUGGCUGGUGAGCAAGCUGCAAAGUGACGGCGCGGCUCAACCAGCGAGCUUUGAGCAGAGUUUCGCGGGAGGCGUAGACCUGCAAUCCAUGACUUCAGACAUCAAUUUGUACAUGGACCCUGUUGACCAUUUGUACUACGUGGACUUUGAGGGGACCUAUGGCACCCUGCCAUUGCAGUACUAUGCUGCAGAUGUUGCCAAGGUGGUUCAGAGAUGUGCUGAUGUGAUGUCCUGGGAGUCCAAACGCAGACAGGUUCUGAAGGAGUCUUUUCAGCCAGCCGUGGCAUACCUCAUGUGUGAUGUGGUGGUGUUUCUGACCCGGGAGAAGCUGGUGUGCCGCAGGGCAUUGGAGGAGUGUGAGCAGUUUGCGCGCGCUGCAAACGUUCGGGUGACGAACGCGCUGCCGCCAGCACUGAUCAUCGUGCAGAACUGCUGUGGGCCUAGUGAAGGAAUCUUCGAUCCAGAGAAAUGCACAGAGGCGUUUCGAAGAGCACACUUCAGUGGCGGGCGAUGGAACUACGAUGAUCCACUUCAGGAUACAUCAUCAAACGCCAGCAAGGCGGCUGCCCAGUGGGCUGAAUAUUUCAGGAGCAUCGACUGCUUUUGCCUUCCUGACGAGUACACUUUCUGCAAAAGAAGUGGCUUUUACGGCGAAGAAGUUUGCAAGGAUGCCAUCAUGAAAUUGAAAGCCAAGAUUCGAGAAAGGCUGGAUGAGGGCCUGCCAGCUCGAACAGAUACUGGGAUCAGCCUCUCCCAAUUUCAAUGGUUUUCCGCGCUGUCCACCCUUUGUAGCAUCAUCAAUGACCAGGAGACGGUAGCCAUGUCUGCCAUCUAUAUCCACGCGGGGGCGGUGGCUGGUGGCAUCAACGAGCUGAAGUCCGUGUUGCUGCAACUGAUGCACCCCAUGAAGCGCCAAGAAACCUUUGACCCUGAAGACUUUCAGCGGAGGUUGGCUGUGGCCAUUGGCAUCACUGCACGUUUCGUGGUCCGGCACGACCUGGCUGAGGAAGAAGCUGUUCAGGUCAUAAAGUACAUCGUCUCGCUGUUUCCAUGUGGGGCCGUUGCCCCUUCUUCAGUGGAACGGGCUGAUGGAAGUAAGCGGCCAGUGGUGUGCGGGCAGAACCAGCUGUUCCACCAGGGCCUGCAUCGUUCAGAUGUUUUGGUUCGGACGGUGGAUGCUGGAUGGCUGCAACACAUCAGUGAGUGGUUGCAAGGUGGCGUCACCUAUGCUUGGCCAGGGGAGUUCACUUGCAGCGAGAGCGUGGAACAGGCUUCGAACCAGGCUGUGCUGACCGCAUCUUUGCUUGAGCAGGUGGAAGAGUACAAGGUGGAGAAGUGUUUGGAGGGCUUAGCGCCGAAAGUUGGAACGCCAUGGGUGUUGAAGGCGCACGGCAGCUUCAGCUCAAGCGGCUUAAAGGUGGUUCAGGACACCGCGCGCCUGUGCAUCGUGUGCACGGACGGUGGUUCCGAGUCAGGUGGCUUUUGGAAGCUUUGGAGUUCUGGAAGUGUCAACGACUUGCUGCCGGUGUGGCGGCACUGUGGAACCCACAUCGCAGCCCAACUUCACCCGGGAAGGUCGCAAGUGUGA